CCCAGUGAACAGCAAUGGCAGGCACCAUUGCUUUGCCGCUUCAAGAAUUCAUUGCCUCACUGGACAAUGCCAGCUUGCCAAAAAUUUUGCAAGUUUGUUCUGGAGUUUAUUUUCAAGGUUCGAUAUAUGAAAUUUCUGGAAGUGAAGUGUGUUUUUCGACUGGGGAUCUCGUAAAGGUCAUUGGCAUUGAACUGCAGUCUGUUUCCUGUGAAGACGUCAUUAAAAAUGAAACGUUUGAGUUGCCGAUCACUCACACAGGACUCUUCAAAGUGGUCCCCAAGCAGAUGCCAUACUCUUCUGUUGAGGAGAUGUUAAGCCUGAGGCCCGUCGGCCUCGAUGACUCCCUUCCUUUUACCUUCACCAGCCAUACCAAGAUGACCUUCGGCAGUCUCACGUUGGGGGCAGGCAAAGCCCUGACUGUGCUCUCCAUCCAGAGGCAUGAGGGCAAAGAGGAUAUGGUGCGUUGCCAUGUAAGAGGGGAAACGGAGGCCUCGGCCGAAGUCUGCAUUCCUCUGUCGUCUCGAGGGGAGUUUUACGAAUGCGAGAGUGAGGAAUGCUACACUCUUAAGGAGAUCAUGUCUUCACCUUGCCUUCGCAUUCGAAGAUUUCGCUUCGUUAAGACCACCAAGUGUGAGCGAAUCCUUGUCUUCAGUCCAAUCUACCAGGUCCAGGCCAUCAUGAACUUGAGAAAGAACGUGUUGAGGUUUCCGUCCAGCCUAGAGGUGGAUGUUGUUGAUGUCACUGAUGUGUGUAAAGACGUAAACUUCGUGACCCCUCUAAGCCUGACAGAGGUCCUGUCGCAGCCGGACAAUUCAUUCCCUGUAGUGGCAGAGAUAUUGGAAGAGCCUCAGAGCCGUUCUUUCUUUAAGUGUGCCUGGCUACCAGGGCUUGUCAAGAGCACCAACUUGGUCUUGCACAACAAAGGAACUACACCUAUGGUCCUGAUGUCCAGCUUGAAGGGCCGGAAGAAUCAGCAGUACUUCCUUGUUUCCCAGCAAUAUGGUGGAAAGUUUCGAAGGCGUCCAAGAGAGUUCAACUCAGUUUACGAGCUGUAUGUUGCUUCAACCCAGACACAGGGACUCACGGUGAGUGUGACAAGGAACUGUGAAGAAGUGGAGGAGGAGGGUAUGCCAGACCUCAGCGUUGGGGAUAAGCUUAAGAUUGUGAGCUGCACCAGAAUGGAGUUACCUGGUGAAAACAUCAAAGGGCAGAGGCAGUCUGUGGAGGCUCUUUUGUGUCAUCGUCUCCAAGAGCCAGAAGAUGAGGAUGAGGAUGAGGAGGAAGAGAAUACACAAAAGGAAAAACAGGAGGAGGAAAAAGAGGAGGUCUUACUGCCUCUUUACAUGCAGGGUCACUUUGUAGAGAUUCUCAGCGAAAACAAAAAGUAUAAACUCAGGGAUUUGAGAAAGGAGUUCAGUUUGCCACUGGACGUCAAAGUGGUGAGUCGAGACACUGAUCUAGAGACGGAUCCACUAUUCGGAUCUUCUUGUCUAAGAAUCGAGGGGGCAAUGUUGGAGCCCAGUAUCCAGGCAAGCUUUCAAGAUCGACCGGACCACUGUUUCCACAUCCUGCCCCAGUGGCUUUCUAUGUCUGUCUCUUUCACACAGGAGCCCCUACCAUGGGCUCAGGACAAUUGCCCAAAGUGUUUCAUAGAAAAGGUUAGUGAGGUGACAGACACAUUCUUUUAUGAUUUUCGCAAAAAGGAUAACUCGGACGAGGCUCCUCCCCCUCGACCACCAAAACGAGAUUUGUCAUCGUCAAACUUGGUCAAAAAAACAGCUAAAUCUACCAAAAAAUCUGCAAAUCCAAAGAAAAAGAAGGAUAAAACCAUCCCAACAGAGAAGUUGAACGAUUUAACACUGAAUCAAAAGAAAAGGCCUCCAGCUCCCCCGCCUCCAGAGGUCCUAAACGAUGACCUCCCUCCUCCUGUUGUACCAAGAAAGUGCUCAACUGCAGAUAAAACAAGCAAGGCCCUUCCAAACACUUAUGUAAAGAUACAUCAAACCAUAGUAAAGGAGCACCUGGAUGACGUGCCUGCAGACGUGGAAAGUGACCAUGACUACGAAACUUUGGAUGAGACUUUAGUAACUAUGGUUAAAACUGCACAAGAAAGUGUGAUGUUCUAUUAACAGGAAAAGCCAUUUUGUAACUUUAAUGUGAGUUUAAUCUAACAAUAUUAUCUUGAAUGUGGGCACGGAGUGCUGAAAUCAGAAGAAGCUAAAUUAGAACCGUAGAGUCUAGUUUAGAAGAAACAAACUGUCUAUAAAUAUUUACAUUGUGCUCAAACUCCUGAGGCUUUAGUAAAACAUUAGCACAGAAAAAAAAUGUACUGUUACUAUGGUGACUAGUAUUGUUAGAAAGUACUUGUACUUCAAUUAUUUGUCUGUCGAGGUUGUCAAUGCUACUUCUUCAAUUUCCUCUGUGCUCCAUCAUUGAAAAGCUUUUUUAUUUUUCACGGCAGAUGUUUUUAUUUAAAAAAAGCACAGAAAGCGCCGGCGGAUGGAUUCGAGUUGCCAAGUCUUUUUUUUUUUAAGUGCGACUUUAGCUUAGCUGCUACACCAAUAAUGCAAACUAGCAAUACCACUGACAGCUGAACUCAAAAACACUGAAUAUCUCUUCAUCAUUUGCACCUGUUGCCUGAUAAAGGGGUGGGGGAUACCAGGCAGCAA